GUCACUUCCUUGUUUAUUUACUUUGCACAUUUUGCGGUUUUGAGAAUCUAAAUUUAUUUUUAAAAUUAUAACUUAAUGUUAUUUAAUUAAUCUCAUAAUGUCCGGACACGUUUCUAUUAAAUUAGCAGCCGAAAGAGUUAAUCACAGUGUGGCUGCUAACAAUGAAAUACCUAGGUUUUUUACCCCAGGCGAGGUUAUUUGUGGAUUGCAGGAUUUUAUGCGAGGACACGGAACAUAUGUGGAGGAUGAUUGCAUUAAAUCCUCUGUUGCUGGUGUUAUGCAAAAGGUUAACAAGUUGAUAUGUGUGCGCCCGUUAAAAAGUAGAUACGUUGGUGAAAUUGGCGAUGUUGUUGUUGGAAGAGUGCUUGAAGUACAACAGAAAAGAUGGAAGAUAGAAACUAACUCUCGAUUAGAUUCUGUUCUACAGUUAUCCUCUGUUAAUUUACCUGGUGGUGAACUGCGUCGGCGAUCAGCUGAGGAUGAACAGAUGAUGAGACAGCACUUACAAGAAGGGGAUCUGAUCAGUGCAGAAGUACAGAGUAUAUUUUCUGAUGGUUCUUUAGCCUUGCACACUAGAAGUUUAAAGUAUGGAAAGCUAUCACAAGGUGUAUUAGUCAAAGUAUUUCCCUCAUUAAUAAGGAGAAGGAAGAACCAUUUCCACAACUUGCCAUGUGGAAUAUCAAUAAUUGUGGGCAAUAACGGCUUUAUCUGGAUCAGUCCACAACAACAAGAACAUAAUAUGGCAGUUGAGGACGACAGAGAUGAUUCAGAAAACUACUUACAGCCAAUCAGCAGAUCAGAUAGAGAAGCAAUAGCGCGACUAAAGAACUGUAUUGCGGCUCUUGUUGCAUCAAAAAUGAUGCUCGAUGACACUAGCAUAAUAUUUGCUUAUGAAGAAAGUCUUAAAUAUGAAGAUGUGAAGGAUCUAUUAGACCCAGAAGCCAUGCUUGAUAUUGCGUUCUUAACACAACACAGAAUAAAUGAUGUUAUGGAAGAAUAAA